AUUGCUGUGUGUGGGUGGGCUCUUUCCAUCGAACCCUCAGGGACCGCUCUUUAAUUAUAUCUGAUUAAGUUUUAGUUAUGUAUGAUGAGAUAUAAAACACAACACGCAAAAAAAUCAAUGUGGUUUGAAUCAAAAAAAUAUUUUGUUGUUUUGACUUGACGAUUUUUUGUUGAAAUAACCCUCAAAACCGAUCGAAACAACUCAAAAUUUUGAGUUGAAAUUACUUGCUGUAUUUUGUCAAACUCCUUUGGAAAUAACAACAAAAAUUUUGAUUUGAUUCAACCCACAACGGCGUUGAAUCAACUUGACUGUGUUUUUUUAUUUCAAUGAAAAUUAUUGUGGUUUACACGUGCCCCCUUUCUGUCAAAAUGUUGACAUUUUCUCAGUGGGCUGAUCGAUUUUUUUUUCCGUUCCGUGCGGUGAGGCUAUACAAAUGGAUCCGUGGCCUGUUUAUCUGAGCGAUUCGCGGAAUACGAAAAGGUUGUGCUCGAGAUUCGGGUUGUUUUCCAAGCCACCCAGAAUGAGGCCGACUAAAACCCGACAAUUGAGAUACCAAAGCUGCCACCACCAGAAGUUCCUCAGCGUGCAUUGCAAGAUGGAGAACCAACCCAGAUUUAUCGGAAUUCCCCAAGAUCUUAAUCUUCGACGGGACAUGCUUGACCUCUGCGGAAAACAGAACCACGAUCCGGAAGCCAGUGCCAACAUGGCCGCUCAACACGGGGAGACAAACUUGUCGGUUCACUCAGAAGCGGCGGUGUCAACGACACCAGGUGCGGUUCCAGAACAGCAAAAUGGCUCACGGUCUCACGGGCCAAAUUUGCUGCAACACUUGAAGGAACAGAUGGAAAUUAUUUGAAAUUUUCAAUAAAUAAAAAAAUUAAACAUCAA